AUGAGACUCUAUGAAACAGAAAUACUAGGGUGCCACUCGAGUCAAGUGUUCCCAACUACAAACUCUACGGAAAGAGAGGUUCUUAAAAUGAAGGCGAGCGAGCCUACUAACGAGUAUUUUGCUCGCACUCUUACCAUUGCUAAUAAAAUGAAAGCCAAUGGUGAGAAUAAGAGUGAUGAGGAAGUGGCAAUGAAAAUUCUCAAAUCAAUGACUCCUAAAUUUAACUAUGUUAUGUGUGAUAUUGAAGAGUCGGACACAAGCACCCUGAGUAUUGAUGAAUUAAAAAGCAGUUUGCUUGUUCAUGAGCAACGUAUCAAUAUAACUAAUUUAAUUGAAGAGACGCAUGCGUUGAAGAUCUCUACUGGCGCUCGAUAUGAAGGAAAGGUCGAGGUCAAGGAAGCUAUAGAGGAAAAGGUCGGGGACGAGAACGAUAAAACCCAAGAAGAUAUGUUGUUGAUGGCAUUUGUGGAUACACAUACGGCUGCCGAAAGGGACACUUGGUUCCUUGACUCUGGAUGUAGCAAUCAUAUGUGCGGAAAGAAGGAUUACUUCAUGGACCUUGAUGAAGAUUUCAGAGAUACGGUAAAGCUGGGCAACAAUUCAAACAUGACUGUAAUGGGGAAGGGCAAUGUAAGGCUGCAAAUUCAUGGAGUUAUGCAUAUUCUUACCGGAGUAUUUUACAUUCCACAGUUGAAGAACAAAUUACUUAGCAUUGUAAAGUUGCAAGAGAAGGGAUUGGCCGUUUUAUUUCAGCAUGAUCGAUGUAAGGUGUAUCAUUCCGAGAGAUGA